AUGGACAAGGAGUUGACGCCACUGAUCUUUGGGGCUUCUCCAAAGAAAUCGCCUAAGGGCGUCAAACGAACCAGACAGAAAUGGGACGACUCGCUCCGCCUGACCUUGCUCCUGGAGAUAGCCAAGAUCAAAAAUCUAAAGCUGUCAGAGGACGAGUGGAAGACAGUCUCGAAUAGGAUCGAUCGCACCUGGAACGCCGCUAGAGAGGAAUACGGAUCGCUCAUGGGAGAUCGAUUUUCAGAUUGGAAACGAGGAAGCAAGAAGGCCAAACCUACACCAGCAAGCUCUGCCAACCCGCCUGACGCCGCCAGUGAUGGAUCUCAGGAUGACCCCACCGGAAUGAACAAGCAAUCUCAGAUUGGACACGUUGGAGUGAAAAAAUCUGCGUGUGAUGAGCCCGAGAAUCUCCAGGCCGAACACGAAAAGAUUCAUCUCGAGCAUAAAAAAGACGAUGACGUUGAGGAUCUUGUCGAGAAUGAGCUGAAUCAAGUCAAUCAGGGUGAGCUGCUGCUCCACGCCCGCCCUAUUAUUGCUUUCAUUGACACACUUACUGACACAGGAUAA